UCCAAAGGGAACAGGCAGCUUCCUGAGAAGCCAGACGCAGGCGGAGCGCCAGAGGGGAGAGGGAGAGCGCCCAGAACUUGUGCCCUGACUGCAGCGCCCGCGCCACGUUACCAUGGCAUCUGGACCCACCAUGACAGAACCCAUUUGUCUAGUGGAAAACCACGGAGAGCAGUUGAAUGUGAAUCGAAAAGCGUUACAGAUUCUUGACAAGAUUUCUCAGCCUGUGAUGGUGGUAGGCAUUGUAGGGCAAUAUCGGACAGGAAAAUCCUACCUGUUGAACCGCCUAGUAGGACAGAACCAUGGCUUCCUCCUGGGUUCCACAGUGAGGUCUAAAACCAAAGGUAUUUGGAUGUGGUGUGUACCCCACCCCUCCAAGCUGAACCACACCCUGGUCCUUCUGGACACUGAAGGUCUAGGUAAUAUAGAAAAGGUCGACUCCAAGAAUGACUCAUGGAUCUUUGCCCUGACGGUGCUUCUGAGCAGCACCUUGAUCUACAACAGCAUGGGCACCAUCAACCACCAGGCCCUGGAGCAGCUGCACUAUGUGACUGAACUAUCACAGCUAAUCAGGGCGAAGUCAUCCUCAAAGUUCAGUGGGGUAGACGACUCUGCCAACUUUGUGAGUUUCUUUCCAGAUUUUAUUUGGGCUCUACGAGAUUUCACACUGGAAAUGAAGAUAAAUGGACUCUUCAUAACUGAAGAUGAGUACCUGGAGGAUGCCUUGAAGCUGCUUCCAGGCACAAAUCCCAAAAUCCAGAAUUCCAACAUGCCCAGAGAGUGUAUCAGGCAGUUCUUUCCAAAACGGAAGUGCUUCGUCUUUGACCGGCCUACAAGUGACAGAAAUCUCUUAUUCCAUCUUGAGAAGGUGCCAGAAGACAAGCUAGACAGUGCUUUCCAGGAGCAAUCAAAGAAAUUCUGUACCUAUAUUUUCAAUCAUACAAAGACCAAGACCCUAAGAGAGGGAAUCACUGUCACUGGGAGACGGCUGGGGACUCUGUUGAAAGCCUAUGUGGAUGCCAUCAAGAAAGGAGCAGUUCCUUGCUUGGAGAACGUGGUGACAACUCUGGCUCAGCGUGAGAACUCAGUGGCCGUGCAGAAGGCAGCUGACCACUACAGAGAGCAGAUGGCCCAGCGACUGAGGCUCCCCACAGACACACUUCAGGAGCUGUUGGAUGUACAUGCACACUGUGAGAGGGAAGCCAUUGCAGUGUUCAUGGAGUAUUCCUUCAAAGACGACAAGCGGGAGUUCCAGAAAAAACUUAUGGAGACCAUAGAGGAAAUAAAGGAAGAUUUCUUGCUGCAGAAUGAAGAUGCAUCUGUCCAAUAUUGCCAGGCACAGCUUAAGCAACUUUCAGAGUCCUUGAUGAAAAGCAUUUCAAGAGGAACUUUCUGUGUUCCUGGAGGAUAUCAUCUUUACUUAGAAGAAAAGGAAAAGGUUGAAUGGGACUAUAACCAAGUGCACAGGAAAGGGGUUAAGGCAAAUGAAGUUCUCCAGCACUUCUUACAGAACCAGGUGGCAGUGGAGAACUCCAUCCUUCAGGGAGAUGUUGUCCUCACCUAUCAGGAGAAGGCCCUAGCAGCUGAGUCAGCUUUGAAGGAGGCAGCUGAGAAGGAAGUGGAGCUUCUAAGUCAGAAAUACAAGGAGCAACAGCAAAAACUGGAGGCGCAAGAGAGAAGCUUCAAGGAAAAUAUAGAGCAACUGAGAGAUAAGUUGGAAAGAGAAAGAGAAAGCCUUCAGAUGGAGCAGGAAAAAAUGUUGAAUCACAAGCUGAAGAUCCAAGAAGAACUUCUUAAUGAAGGAUUCCUACAGAAAUCUGAGGACUUGCAUACAGAGAUACAGCUACUAAAAAAAGAGAUUGCAGCGGGUGCUAAGCAGGCUAAGGAGGAGGCAUCUGGGAAGAAACUGGAGCUGCUAAGAUGGAAAUACAAGGAGCAACAGCAAAAACUGGAGAUUCAAGAGAGAAGCUUCAAGGAAAACUUAGCCCAACUGAGAGAGAAGUUGGAAAGAGAAAGUGAAAACUUUCAGAGGGAACAGGAAAAAACGUUGAAGCACAAGCUAACGAGCCACGUCUUGCAAGAAGUUGCUGCGGCCGAGGUCAAAGAAAUGGCUGCCUGUGUUCUCCUCUAG